UAAAGAGGGGUGUUACAGUCGAUGCUCUCGAGGUUUGUUUAGCUUCGGGAAAAACGAUCUCUACCGAUACGAUGGUACAGGGACUUGAAAUUUCAAUUGGAGGCCGAACGUUGGAGGCAGAUGCUUAUAUCAUUGAUAUGCGGGAUUUCGACGUUAUCCUUGGUAUGGACUGGCUUACCCACUACCGUGCUGACAUCUGGUGCUUAGAGAAGGAGGUCACGCUUCACCCAACCGAUGGAGAGUCGAUCGUGUUUUACGGCGCCAAGUCGAGGACCGUGCCGAAAGAUAUUUCCUCCCUGAAGGCCAUGAAGGGAAUAAAAAAGGGUAGUUGCCAAGGCUACCUAGUGAGCAUGACCAGAGAAGGGGAAGAGAAGAAGCCAUCACCAGGGGAAGUAUCAAUUGUAUGUGAGUACCCCGAUGUUUUUCCCGACCAGUUGCCAGGUGGACCGCCCAACAGACAAGUUGAAUUCACCAUUGACUUGCUGCCUGGAGCCGGACCUGUCUCGAAGGACCCUUAUCGAAUGGCACCGAAGGAGUUACAAGAACUCAAGACGCAAAUCCAGGAGCUGUUGAACCUUGGUUUCAUCCGACCAAGUGUUUCACCCUGGAGAGCGCCCGUGCUGUUUGUGAAGAAGAAGGAUAGUUCGAUGCGCAUGUGCAUUGAUUAUCGUGAGUUGAACAAUUUGACGGUCAAGAACAAGUACCCCUUGCCGAGAAUUGAGGAUCUCUUUGAUCAGUUGAGAGGAGCCAGUGUCUUCUCCAAGAUCGAUCUGCGGUCUGGUUAUCAUCAGUUGAAGAUAAAGGAGUCCGACGUCUCGAAGACCGCCUUCCGAACUAGGUACGGUCAUUACGAGUUCGUGGUCAUGCCGUUUGGGUUGAGUAAUGCCCCUGUGGUGUUCAUGGACUUGAUGAACUGUGUUUUCCAUCCGUACCUGGAUCGCUUCAUCAUCGUCUUUAUCGACGACAUCUUGGUGUAUUCUCGGGAUUUAGAGGAGCAUAAAGAACAUUUGAGGAUUGUGCUAGAGACCCUUCGUCGGGAGAAGCUCUACGCGAAAUUCUCGAAGUGUGAGUUCUGGCUGGAUAGAGUGGCUUUCUUAGGCCAUAUCGUCACAGCUCGUGGAAUCGAGGUAGACCCAGGAAAGAUUGAGGCCGUCAGUAAAUGGGAGACACCGAAGAAUGCUAGUGAUAUCCGCAGUUUUCUAGGAUUGGCAGGAUAUUAUCGGCGUUUUAUCGAGGGAUUCUCGAAGGUGGCCCAACCGCUGACGAACUUAACCAAGAAGAACAUCAAGUUCGUGUGGAGCCCUCAGUGUGAGUCGAGUUUUCUGGAGUUGAAGAGGAGACUCACGUCUGCGCCAGUGUUGACUAUACCGGACCCGACUUUGGAGUUCACUAUUUAUAGCAAUGCUUCGAAGAUGGGUUUGGGUUGUGUGUUGAUGCAGCAAGGGAAGGUCGUGGCUUAUGCAUCGAGGCAGUUGAAGCCUCACGAGGUGAACUAUCCGACCCAUGACUUGGAACUUGCCGCAGUGGUUCAUGCGCUUAAGAUCUGGAGGCACUAUCUCUACGGAGGUAAGUGCGAGAUUUUCACGGACCACAAGAGUUUGAAAUACAUCUUCACACAGAAGGAGCUCAAUAUGAGGCAGAGGCGUUGGUUAGAGCUCAUGAAGGACUACGAUUGCACAAUUAGCUACCAUCCUGGGAAAGCUAAUGUGGUCGCCGACGCGUUGAGUCGGAGGAACCACG